AUGCAAUCCACAAAAGCAAUUGUCGCCAACGCACCCAUAACGCCGGGAUCUAUUAACUGGUCCCUGCAGGAUAUUCAAUGUCCAAUUUUCUGUGGCCCUGACGAAGUGCUCGUCGAGAUUGUCGCCACGGGACUCUGCCAUACGGAUGUCUUUGUGUCGGGUGUGCCCGACGGGACAUUGGGGAUACGGUAUCCGAAGAUUAUGGGUCAUGAGGGAGCUGGAUAUAUCCGCUCCAUCGGCAAGGCUAGCAGCAGCAGUAGCGACAGCAACUGCAGCAGCCACAGCAACAGUAGCGCUACCAGCAAUGGCGACAGUGGUGCUACCAGCAAAUUCCAAAUCAACGACCCAGUUCUUCUCUCGUUCCCGUCCUGUGCGUCCUGCACGCAAUGCAAACAGGGCCACCCGGCGCACUGCACAGGCAUCGCGGCGGAGAAGUAUACCGGGCGAAAAAUCUUCACUGUCUGCGGCACCAAGCACGAGGAUCCCUCCAUCUGGGGCUCUUUUCUCGGUCAAUCGAGUUUUGCGAGGUAUACGGUUGUGAAUGUGUCUAGUGUGUUUAGUUUGAGGGGUUUGCUGCGACAAAGCGAGGAUUUGGCGGUGUUUGCGCCGUUGGGGUGUAGUUAUCUCACGGGGUAUGGGGUUGUGCAGAGGAUUGCGAGGGUUAAUGGUCAUGGUCGUGGUCAUGGUCAUAUCAAUGGCAGCGUCAAUGGCCAUGUCAAUGGUAACGGAGAGGGAGGGAAGAAUGGUGGGGGUGAUACGGUGUUGAUUAUGGGGUUAGGAGGGGUGGGAAUGGGGGCUGUUUUGGCCACUACACAAUCCCACCCCCAAACCCUCAUCGUCCUAGACCAACACGCCCCGCGCCUCCAACUCGCCAAAGACCUCGGCGCCACGCACACGCUGAACACGCGCUCACCCAACUUCAACCUCCAGGAUGCCGUGCGCGCCAUCUGUCCCGAGGGCCCGUCCGUCGUCAUCGAUACUACGGGCGUGCCGGAGCUCAUUGAGCGCGGACUGGAUGUUGCGGCGCCGAGAGGACGGAUUGUCCUGGUUGGGGUUCCGCCUGUGGGUUAUGUUGUUGGGAUGCAGGGGUUGGGGUUUGUUGAGAGCGGAAAAUCAGUAAUGGGAUGCCUAGUGGGAGAUUCGGUUCCUGAGGUGGACAUCCCCCAACUCAUCCAAUGGUACUACGAAGGACGAUUCCCUAUCGAUCGUCUAAUCACGAAAGUUCCUAUCGAAGAUUACGAAAAAGCUUUACGAGGAACUGAAAAAGGAGAGAUCAUCAAGGCGGUGUUGGUUUGGGAUGAGGAUCAGGUCUGA